AUGCCAUUCGAAAUCUUAGUUCCUUCUGAGAGAGAGGCCCCUGGUGUCACCGACACCUUUUUUGCCGCCAUGGACAUCAACCUGCUGAUGCACGCACAAUUUCCCAACCCUGAGAGCAAGGAGUUUUUCCGAGGCUGGCUUUUCAGAGAUACUAUGGAUCAUGUCCAAAGCGUCGACAAGGGUGUUCUGGUUGCACGCGACCCAGAGACCGGGAAAAUAGCGAGUUUCGCUAAGUGGAACGUUCAGCGGCAACAGCGGUCGCGAGAGAUACAAGAAGAAGAAGCCGAUGAUGAUGAGUUUCCAGACUUCUGCCGUCGUCAAUAUCUUGGCCCCUACGCGGAUCUUACUAAGAGUAAGAGAGACAAGGUCCUGGGUGACAAGACUUAUUACCGUGAGUUAUUUGCUGCUGAGUGGAGGCCAGGAUAUCGACGACCAAACCUUGACCGCUAUGCACCUAUGGUGUUGAAAUUUGACGUGACAUAUCUAUGCACAGAUCCCAAGUUCAAUGGCCGAGGGGCUGCGUCAACUUUGCUUCGUCGAGUGCAGGCUGAGGCCUCCAAAGAGAAUGCACCAGUUAUUCUCGAGGCUACCAUGAAUGCGGUCUCGUUUUAUCAAAAACUAGGUUUCCAGAUUCAAGAGGAGCUAAACAUGAUGCUCCCAGCUCGUGGCUCAGAUGAAACAACUGAAUACUACGAAGAGAGAGUCAUGGUUUGGACACGAGACUGA